CGCGCCUUGCGCUGGUGGCGGGGCGGCCUCGGGGGCCGCGGUCGCAGCCUGCCCGCCCGCCCCCCUCCCUCUCUCCCCCGUCGCCUCCGCGCUGCGGGUCAUGCUGCUGCCGUCCGACGUGGCCCGGCUGGUGCUGGGGUAUUUACAACAGGAAAAGCUUUUAGCUACCUGCCGUGAAUUUAUUUUAGAAAGCUCAGAUUUGAAAGAAUAUGCAGAGCACUGUACAGAGGAUGGGUUUAUUCCGGCCUGCUUGCUGUCCCUGUGUGGAAAAAACUUGACAACCAUUCUUAAUGAGUAUGUAGCCAUGAAAACAAAAGAAACAACAAAUGAAGUUCCAGCAAUGAUGUCAUCUCUGUGGAAAAAAUUGGACUAUACACUUUCUCAGAUCAGGAGUAUGCAGAAUUCCACAGGAUUUUCGGCUAAUCAAAGGGCACGUACAAGAAGUGGAAUUGUAGAAAUGAAAAGACAGAGAAUGCUUCAGCAAUCAGCUCCUCUAAACUCAGGAUUGUUGUCUGUAGCCCAUCAGUCAGGGCAACCGAGUUCCUCCUCCAUUGUAUCUACUCAAGUUUUGCAUAGGCCAGCAAUAAAUCAGAAUAUAUCACAGACAAGGUUGAAUACCUUGUUUGUGCACCAGUCGCAAACACAGGAAAAUAAGAUCAACACAGGAGACUUCAUACACAUUCAGGUUCCAGGAACACAAGAACGAAAGCUUCACUCAAACUUGCUAUCUCCAGGAAGACGAAAAAGUGAAUCUCAGAAGAGAAGAAGCAUUGCAGCAUCUGCACCUCUUUCAACAAGUAGAAGUUCCCAAGAGACUGAUGAAAUAAUAGUAGAAAAAGAAAGUGAGCCACUUCAAGAAUUCAUAGAUGGUAACUUCCCACAACUGGUUAUUGAAAAUGCCAGAGAGAAAAUCCUGAGCAACAAAUCUCUUCAGGAAAAGCUUGCUGAGAACAUUAACAAAAUCCUGGGCAGUGAUGGCAAUAUCACACAGGCCCCUAAACAGGCAGACAGUGGCCCCACAGAACAGGAGACUUCGAUUGAUGAAAUCCUUGGGCUUCAGGGUGAAAUUCAUAUGUCAGAAGAAGCUAUACAGGACAUUCUAGAACAGACAGAAUCAGAUCCAGCUUUUCAGGCACUCUUUGACUUGUUUGAUUAUGGAAAGAACAAGGUAAACAAGAAUUUACCUGCUGGUAUUUCUGGUCAGAAUGGAGAAGAAAAUACAAUCCUGGUGGAUGAAAAUAACCUGGAAACACUUGAAAGUUCUUUAGGAACAGAAGAAACGAGUGAUAAUUCUAGAGAAUCUCUAUCCUGUAAAGAUUUUCAUUUAGAAGCAUCAUGUGCCUUGAAGAAUAGCAUUAAUAGCAUUAAUGAUGGUGAUAAGAAAAAUACAGCCAAUGAACAGUUGCACGGAAAUUGUAGACCAAAAAAGCAGACUGAAAUGCUUAAAACAGUUACCACUGAUCAAAUUGGAGAGCUUGAAAUCACUUUUGAUUCUGUGCCUGGUUUGACUGAAUCUACAAACAGACAGAGUUCUGACAGUGAGCGUAAUGAACACCGUGGAGGUACUUAUGGUGAUAAAGAGCCAGCUGCAUUAGCAUCUGAAAGUGAGAGAGCUGUGGAAUCUGGAAAAGAUACGCUAAGUCAUAACGCUCAGAGUAGUCCUGGUCUGGAAUAUGUUCAUUCUGGUAGUUCACAGAUUUCUUUGGUUUCCCUGGCAAAUGGUACUACAGCUGGUGAAAACAGAACACACUCUGGAAGUAAAUGUCACUUAUCGCCAGAUCCAUCACUAUCUGAAAAAACACAUAUUAAAAGCCUUUCUGAUGGGAGCCCUGGCCGCAGCGUGUUGCUAAGGAAAAAUAAUUCACCGGUUUCUAGCCAGUCAGUAGAUUCAGGAAAAGAACAGGCCGUUACGAGUGAUACGACGACGUUACCUGGUAUUUUACAGCAGAGUUCUAGCCACCAUGCCAACUGUCAGGAUCGGGAUAAACAGUCAGAUUGUGCUGUUAGAUCUGCUGCGAAAAUUUCAGAUCAUGACAAAACAGAUUUGCAGCUUGAAGUUACUGAUACUUCUAACAAACCUUAUUCAAAUGAUCAGCGUACACUCAAUAAGCCUUGUAAGAAAGAUUUGAACCUCCCUUCAGGUCUGUCGAACUCAGAGGGAACAGAAGUGGAAAUGCAAGAACCUUCAUCUUCUACAAAAGUAGAUACUGAUAAUAUAUUUUUCUCUUCUGGUGAUGAUGCAUGUACAGAAAUUUCUGUAGUAUCCACUGAAAAUAACCUUACUACGUCUGAUAUAUGCCAUUCAGCUCUCCCGGAAACCGCAUCCUCAACAGAUGAGUCUGGCACUGAGGCCAAAAAUAUUGGUGGUGUAUCUUCUAGUAGUCAGCCAAUGGAUGUUGAUUCUUCAAAUAUAAUGUCCCUCAAAAUCAUAAUCAGUGAUGAUCCAUUUAUUUCAUCAGAUACUGAGUUAAAUAAUGCUGUUUCCAGCAUCACAGGAGAAAAUUUGCCAACUAUAAUACUGUCUUCUCCAGCCAAAUCCCCGACCAAAAAUACAGGCCUGUCCAAAUGUCUGAGUUCAGAAGAUACUGAAAAAAAUCUGGAUUCAGCGUUGGCAGAGCAGAAUCUCCUUGUGCUUAGACCAAAGGAGCCUGUUGUCAGCUCAGUUAACACUCAGAAUGAAGACUGCACUGUGUUUUCUGUUGCUGGUGCAACUAAUCUUUCCAAGGAGGGGGGAUUUAUACAGUUGAUGCCAGCAACAAGCACAGCUUUUGGCAAUUCGAAUAACCUCUACAUAGCUACCUGCAUGACAGAUCCAACUACUUUGGGCACAGCUGUAACUCCGUCGAAUGUGGUUGUGUUGCCUGGCAAUUCUAUGCCGCUUGCUGCCCAAGCUCCAGCAGUACAACAGUUACGGACUCCUCCUAGAUCCAGCAAUACAUUUGCAGCAAGCCAAACUGUCUCUCCAAACUUCCCACAAGGUUCCGCUAUUAUAAUAGCAUCUCCAGUGCAACCUGUCUUGCAAGGAAUGGUGGGAAUGAUCCCGCUCUCAGUAGUGGGACAGAAUGGAAAUACUUUCUCAGCACCUGCUCGCCAGGUUCUACAUAUGCCUGUAGCAAAUCCGGUGUGUAACAGAAGUGUUCCUAAACUACCCAUUCCUCCCAAAUCUCAGAAGAUCCCCGGACCAAGAAACAAGACUAAUACAGGAAAAUUGGUAACAAGUGCAGCUGAGCCUUUGAGCCAUCCAAAUUCUCGUACGCAAAGGACUGGAAAUUCAGACAAGCUUACCAGCGCAGAACUGGGAAGGAAAGCAGAGGAGAAUUUGGUUGUUGUACCGGCAGAGAACAUGAGCUCAAAUUCAAGACAAAGUGAAAGUCACAGGAGAGUGCUUUGCUUUGAUAAUGUCCUACCCACUCCAGGAGGAAAUACUCAAAUGCAGACUCCUAAGAAUUUACCCCAAAAAGAAAGGAAUGAAAAUACUUUAUUUGCUGUUGACUCUGCAUCAUCUUCUGCUAAAGCACAGGUAACAAAAAGAGAAAAAGAUAAAACAUUGCCUAGAAUUCUAUGUAAGCCAGAAGUUGGUAGCAACAGAAGUGUAGCUGCAAAGGAGCCGCAGCCUGAGCGGAAGGUGGUAACUGCAGCGCUUCCAUUGGAUCCCUUCCACAAGACUACGGCGAAUAAAGAGAAUGAGUUACGAAGAGAUAGUGAUGAAAAACAGAAGAGCCAGGACACCGCCAAACUCUCAAAUGGCCAACAAAGCGUUAGCUUGUGGAAUGAAAAGGCAGCUUCAGUGCAAGAGCUGAACAAAAAGCAAGGGUCAUUGUCAAACGGGAACAGCAAAUCCGCAGCGUCUGUUUCCUUGUCCUCAAAGGAGCCAAAACGAGAAGCAGCUAAAGUUUCCAACCAAGGCCUUUGCUUGGCAAGUCCUUUCACUAAACAAUGUGUAGAAAUGUUGCAAGACAUUCAGUGGCAUAGCCCUACUGGUAAAACAGUUGAAAAUGGAGAAUUACCUGUACCGCGUACACCGUCUGGAGUUGGGGACAGGCACACAGACGACACCACGGAUAGCGUGCGGACACCCACCUGUCGGCGUUUUAAUGAGGAGAGCACAACACCUAGAAUAAUGGUCCCUCCUGCUACUCCAGACUUACCGGCCUGCAGCCCAGCUAGUGAAACAGGUAGUGAAAAUAGUGUCAGUAUGGCUGCUCACACGCUGAUGAUACUAUCCCGGGCUGCUAUCGCACGGACUAGCACUGCAACUCCGCUGAAGGACAAUACUCAGCAGUUCAGAUCUUUAAGGAGCACAGUAAAGAAGAGGAAGCUAGAUGACUUGAAUGAAGGCGAGAGAAAUUCUCGCUCUGCAAACAGAAAAGACCUUCAAAGUUCUCCAACGCCAUCAAAGAAGAAGAAAAUAAAGAAAAAGAAGCUACCGAAUUCUUUUCCGGCAGGAAUGGAUGUGGACAAGUUCUUGUUAUCUCUGCAUUAUGAUGAAUAAAAAGAUUUGAGCUGUGACUGUAUAAAGCCAGGUGUUCUUAUGCUGAGGUUUUGCAUGGGAAAUUAAUUCUAAAGGGUGAGUUGCACUUUUAGUGCACUGAAGAUUCACUUUAUAGCAAAAUCAUGCUGUUUCUGAAGCAGGUUGCUAAGUCUGUAAAUAUCAUUGAGUUGGUAUAUGUUUAUUUUUGAAAAAGCACUUGCAUAAUUAUAGAGCCAUUUAAUUUGCAAAAUUGUAAAUUUGUAUAUGUAAUGUAAGAAAAGUUGUAAGUUUUUCUGUUACAUACCACGUUGUCUGUGUUUUGCUGCAUUCUCUACAUGCCCUUAUGAACUGCUUUGUCAAUUUGUGAAAAAGUUGUGAAUUUGAAGGCAGUGUUUGUAAUUCACUGUUGUAAAAUAUGGACAGCUAAUUUUUGCCACUUUUCACUGUCUUGUUGAAUCCUAAAGAAACUUCACAUGCAACUGACUUGUACUAACAUUAUCUUCUCUUACAACUGUAAAAUCCAUGUUUUAAGGCUUUGAAUGAAUUAUUAAAAAAUUACGUAAAUCUAAGGCAAAAAAAGGUUCUCCUAAUGCACCCUUCCCCAACCAGUCAUUCAGACAAAAAUUUGAAUUUGUAUAGGCCUAAUCUGUUUCUAGGAUCUUACACAAUACUGGCUGCAUAGGAUAUCUUUUGAACGCAAAAGUUAUUUUUAAACGAUGUACCUUCAGUAUGAAUAUUUAAACUGCAGUGAUAGCCAGACAAGAAUUUGGAAGUGUUCUGUUGCAAGAGUAAGUUCUCUCAACCAUCUUUUGUACUGUUGAAAAAGCAUUUGUUAAUGUUACUUACGCUCUUAGUCAGACAUAGUAAAAUGUUGGUUUAACGUAAAACUUGGUCACAGCUGCUCUACAAUCUCUCUUCAGAACAGAUACAGGAGAAGCUCAAGCUACAUUUUAGUACUAAUUAGAUGAAAAUUAACACACUUAAGCCUUGCUCUAAUACUGCAGAACUUUCUCUACUGGUAUUUCCUUCUUUGUUCUCAAACUGUUGAGGUUUUAAACAAUGCAAGUUUUCUUGUAAGAGAUCUAUACAGCAACAGGGCAAUGUUUCAGAUAGUAUACAAGGAUUCCUAAGGAACCAAUAUUAUGCAGUAGAUGUUUAUAUUAAACCCAUCCAAUAACUUAAUACUGCAUAGCAUUUACAGCUUGAAUAAAUAUUUUUGUUGUAAUGAA